AUCCAUGUUUUUACUUGCUACUCGUCAACAUGGCAGAAGUAGCUGAAAAGCUGCUACUCGAAGUUGCUAACAAAAAUUCAAUUAACUCUUUAGAUUUUUCUAAGCACCUUGGUGUUAAUCACCAGGCAGUAGUUGGUGCAGUUAAAAGCUUGCAAUCUUUGGGAAAUAUAAUCAAGGUUGAUGAUAAGCAAGAUAAAAGAUGGGAGUUGACAGAGGAAGGACAGUCUGUUUUACAAAAAGGUAGCCAUGAAGCUCUGGUUUACAAUGCUGUCCCUAAAGAUGGAAUUCCUCAGUCACAGCUUAUGGCUUCUGUACCAAAUGCAAAUGUUGGAUUCAGUAAAGCUAUGUCAGCAGGCUGGAUAAAAGUUGAUAAAAGUCAUGAAGGAGGACCCAGAGUUUUCAGACAAGUUGAGACAAUUAAAGAUGUUGUUAGAGAAUGCCUAGAAAAAAUUGCUAAAUUAGACAUAAAUGAUGUGACAGAAGCUCAGAAAAAGGAAUACAAGAAAAGAAAAUUGAUCACAGAAGUGAAAGAAGUCAGCUACAUUAUAACAAAAGGGGAAAAUUUCACAACCACAGUUAGCAAACCUGAAGUUGAUCUAACACCUGAAAUGAUCUCAAGUGGGAAUUGGAAAACCACGCAGUUUAAACCAUACAACUUUAAUGCUCUAGGCGCACCCGCUGUCACUGGACACCUGCAUCCCUUGUUGAAAGUUAGAGAGCAGUAUCGUCAAAUAUUUUUGGAGAUGGGAUUUUCAGAAAUGCCAACCAAUAAUUACAUUGAAUCAAGCUUUUGGAAUUUCGAUGCUCUUUUCCAACCUCAGCAGCACCCAGCAAGAGAUGCACACGAUACUUUCUUUAUUUCUGACCCAGCUACUGCAAGUGCUUUUCCUAUGGAUUAUUUAGAGAAAGUGAAAGAUGUCCACUCAAAGGGUGGGUAUGGCUCUCAAGGCUAUAAAUAUGACUGGAAAUUGGAAGAAGCAGAAAAAAACAUUUUGAGAACUCAUACAACAGCUGUCAGUGCUAGAAUGUUGUAUAAACUUGCACAAGAAAAAGAGUUCAAACCAGUCAAGUACUUCUCUAUAGACAGAGUCUUUCGUAAUGAAAACCUUGAUGCAACACAUUUAGCUGAGUUCCAGCAAAUAGAAGGAGUUGUAGCUGACCGAGGCCUUACACUUGGAGACCUCAUGGGAACAAUCAACCAAUUUUUCAAUAAACUUGGCAUCACUAAGCUUCGUUUUAAGCCAGCUUACAACCCUUAUACUGAGCCAAGCAUGGAGAUAUUCAGCUACCAUGAAGGUCUCAAGAAGUGGGUGGAGAUUGGCAACUCAGGUGUUUUUAGACCAGAGAUGCUUUUACCCAUGGGUCUUCCCAGUGAUGUUUCUGUCAUUGCUUGGGGCUUAUCAUUAGAGAGACCAACAAUGAUCAAGUAUGGUUAUGACAAUAUUAGAGAUCUUGUAGGACCUAAAGUUAAUUUGAAGAUGGUUUAUGAAAAUCCACUGUGUCGACUAGAGAAAUAAAGCCGCUCAGAAACAAGUCUGUGAUUAUUAUCUUUUAGUGUAAAUCUUUUCAAAAAAUGUAUCAAAUCAAAGUUUUCUUCUAAGCAGGUGAAUUGGUAGUUACAGAAUGGCAGUAGAAAUUUAUGUCCACCGAUUUAUGAAUCAGAUGCUUUUUUGUUUUUUGGUAAUAAUUUAUUUUCACCUUGAUGAUUGUCAUGUUCAUAAAAUGCUAUGUUCAUUGAGACAAUAAAUUAUAAUACACUUACA